UAUGACGUAAAGCCGCAAGUUGUAUUAUGACUCAAUAGAAGGUUUGAAAUUUUCGAUAAACCUCUCGCAAGAUCCUUAAAUUAGAUACAUUUAUAUUUAGACCGAUAUUUUAUUUACAUCGCAACAUGGAUAAUCAAAGUAAACAAUUAGCUGAAGACUUUUUCUUAAGAGAGCCUGUAGACGCCCGCAUCAGAAAAGUCAAAGAUGAGCCCAAAGAAGAAUCACACCCGACUCUCAAAGUUGAAAUGCAAACAAUUCGUUUGAAUCCGGACUCACAGAAGAUAAUAUUAGAUACAUUGAGGUAUAUCCAUGGUUCUGAAUUCAAAUUGGGCAGUGCUAGUCUUUACAAGGAUAAAGGUUCAAAUCUGGGAAACAGGUAUUGGAUGGAAAGAGGCAAUUUAGUUGUCCAAGGAGGAUGUGACUAUUCUCUUAACAUGAAACCUGAUAUACAGAGCUCAGAAGCUAGACUUAGAUCUUUUGCUUUAUCAAAAUUAGAAAAAUACCACUUCCAUAAAGCACAUUGUGCAGAAGCCUUAGAGAUAGCAGCAGAAAGUGUAGAAAAGUCCUUAGAGAUUUUAUUUUAUAAAUAUUUUAAGAUAGACCCAGAGGAUAAACCGGAAAAUGCCCUCUCAAAUUCAGAGUUAGAAGAGAUGAGAAUGGAUGAAAAAGCAGUAUUAGAAUCAAUAUAUGAUACCAGUUUCAAAACGAAAGAUGCAGAUGUAUGGGUUGUCAAAUUAGAUCUAGACUACUUAACAAAGCUAUACGCAAAUAAAGUUGAUGCACCGAAAAAGAAAACAAACAUAAAUUACAAUAAUAAAGGGAAACCAAAAGAGAUGUGUAAACUUAUUUUAAAGGGACACUGUAGAUUUGGUGAUAAAUGUAAGUUUUCGCAUGAAAUUAAUACAGAGAAAACUCAGCCCGAUACAGAAAACACUGGAACUCAGAAAAUUACGUAUGAAUUAGAAGUAAGGUUUCCGAAAGACACACUGUAUCCUUAUCAACCCCCAUUAUUGUUUUUCAAAACGGAAAACCGUACUGAUACCAUACCUGAUUUAACUUGUUUGAAAAUAACAUGUAGACUUGUAGACGAGGCGAAAAUUCUUGCACAAGAUGGAGUACCAAGUAUAUAUUCCAUUGUGGAAUUGCUACAAAAUGAAGAAGAUAUCAUAAAUUUUAUAAAAUUUGAUACAAGAUCAUUUUUAGAACCUUCAGAAGCUCUAUUUCCACAAUUAAUAGAGGACGAAGGUAAACAUGAGGUUAAACCAAGUCAUUACAAAAAAGGUGUUAUCAAAGACAUAAGGAAUAACAUAAAUUUUGAAGAAGUUUUGAGAGAAAAUAAAGAAAUAGCUAAGAGAUGGUUAGAAAAGAGGGAAAAUAAUAGGUACAACAAAAUGAUGUCAGAUAGAAGAAAAUUGCCUGCUUGGCAGAAGAAGAAUGAUAUAUUGAAUGCUUUGAAAAAAUCACAGAUAGUAGUGAUCAGCGGUGAGACCGGUUGUGGUAAAAGCACACAAGUACCUCAGUACAUACUGGAUGACUGGUUGAAUAAUUUCUCCAAAGAUGGUCCUGAACAUGUCGAGAUAAUCUGUACUCAACCGAGAAGAAUAUCUGCUAUUGGCGUGGCAGACAGGGUUGCUGAUGAACGCGUGGAGAAAACUGGCCAAGUUGUUGGAUAUCAGAUUCGACUGGAGAGCAAAAUUUCUUCAAAAACUCGCCUAACAUUCUGUACGACUGGGAUCCUGCUCCGUAGGUUAGAAUACGAUCCUCAGUUGAAGUCGGUAACACAUAUCUUAGUCGAUGAAGUGCACGAGAGAUCCGAAGAGAGUGACUUUCUUUUGUUAAUAUUAAGAGAUCUGGUCAAAGUCCGGAAGGACCUGAAUGUAAUAUUGAUGAGUGCAACACUGAAUGCUGAUCUGUUCUCGGAUUACUUUGGAAAUGUUCCAGUAUUAGAGAUCCCAGGUAGGACAUUCCCUGUUGAACAAUUCUUCUUAGAAGAAAUUAUGGAUAUGACGAAUUAUGUGUUAGAGGAGAAUGGACAGUAUUCUCGUAAAGUUAAAAAGGGUGAUAAAGAGAGGCGAAUAGAUCUGGAAACUGAAUUGGAAACUUGCGACGUAAGAGCCGAUUCGACCGAAGCCCCUAAACUAUCGAUACGAGAUGAAAAUCUGACUAUAGGACAGAUGAUAGCAAGAUAUCCGAAAUGCUCCAAAAUAACGUGCAAGAAUAUGUACCUCAUGGACACUGAAAAGAUAAAUUCAGAAUUAGUCGAGCAUGUACUUAAUUACAUAGUAAAUGGUGACCAUAAAUGGCCAAGAGAGGGCGCUAUACUAAUAUUUCUACCUGGGAUUCAAGAGAUUAUGUCUCUAUACGAUCAGCUCGUUGAUAGCCACACAUUCAGUCCGAAAACAGGUAAAUACAUGUUAGUUCCGCUACAUUCGACUUUGUCAAGCGAGGAACAAGCUCAAGUGUUCAAGAAGCCGCGGGAGGGCGUCAGGAAAAUUGUACUGUCCACGAACAUCGCUGAGACGUCGGUGACCAUCGACGAUUGCGUGUUCGUCGUGGACUGCGGACGGAUGAAGGAAAAGAGGUUCGAUUCGAAUCGCAACAUGGAAUCGUUAGACCUGGUGUGGGUGUCGAGAGCGAAUGCGAAACAGCGGAAAGGUCGCGCCGGACGCGUCAUGCCCGGAGUCUGCGUGCAUCUGUACACGUCUCACAGAUACCACCACCACCUGUUGGAGCAGCCCGUACCGGAGAUACACAGGGUGCCGCUAGAGCAGCUGGUGUUGAAAAUAAAGAUACUGCCGCUGUUCAAAGACAUGAGCACCCAUGAAGUCUUAGGCAAAACUAUAGAACCGCCCAUGAAGCAGAAUGUAGAUGGCGCUCUCUGUCGCUUACAAGAUGUCGGAGCUUUAGACAAAGCUUUCGUUCUGACCGCGCUCGGGAAACACUUGGCAGCCCUACCGGUGGAUGUGCGGAUCGGAAAGCUUAUGUUGUUCGGUGCUAUAUUCUGUUGUGUCGACUCAGCGUUAACUAUGGCUGCGUUUUUGAGCCAUAAAAGUCCUUUCGUUGCGCCCUUUGGUAAGAAGGGAGAAGCGGAUGCUAAAAGGAGAGAAUUCGCGUGCUCAAACAGCGAUCAAUUAACUACAUUAAAAGCAUACAGGAAAUGGCAACAGGCCAUGAAAUCGAGUACCUACGCAGCCUUGGUGUUCGCAAACGAGAACUUCUUGUCGCACAAAACUCUUUUGAUGUUGGCCGACAUCAAACAUCAACUUCUGGGCUUGUUGGCGUCUAUAGGAUUCGUGCCUGACAUGCCUGCUCUCAGGAAGAAAAUGCGAAAGGAUUCCGUCGCCAGUUUGACCGGAGACGAACUCAAUACAAACGGUAACAAUGAUAAGUUAUUAGCGGCCAUUUUGUGCGCAGCCUUGUAUCCGAACGUGGUGAAAGUCCUGACGCCGGAGAAGUCCUUCCACAUGCAAGCCGGCGGCGCCAUACCUCGCCAGCCGAACCCUGAGGAGUUGAAGUUCAAAACGAAAUCCGACGGUUUCGUGGCCCUACACCCUUCGUCGGUCAAUUCUACAGUGGGAUACUUCGCGAGCCCUUACUUAGUCUACCAGGAGAAGGUGAAGACAUCGAGGGUCUUCAUACGGGAGUGCUCUAUGGUGCCUCUACUACCGUUGGUGCUGUUUUCUGGAUGUAGUCUUGGGAUCGAACUUCACAACGGUACUUUUAUAGUGUCCCUCGAAGACGGCUGGAUCAUGUUUCAAGUUGAAAAACACGAGGUCGCGGAAAUGCUGAAAACGAUUCGAGUCGAACUAAUAAAUCUUCUAGAAGAGAAAAUAAACGAUCCCUCAUUGAAUUUGUUGCACUACGAAAAGGGGAAUCGUAUAAUAAAGACUAUAGUUCAAGUCGUUACCAAAGACUAGACUCGGGUACGUUUUGUUUUAGUUACAACACUAGCGAGAUCAUAACGUUGUUUUAAAUUAAAGGAAAAUCGACUUUAAGUACAGGAGAAUAAACUUAAAUUGUAUCAAUAGCUGAAGAUGGGUAUUAUAUAGUACAUGUUUUUAAAUAGUACGAAUUUAGAAAUUUAAAUAUAAAUACAUUGUAUGACGACACAUUUGUUGAGACUCCUAAUGGCACAUCUGGGACAACGGCGAGUGUACGAAAUUUGAACUCAAUCGUAUGUUCGAAUAAAGUCUUAAAUUGAUUAUCAACUCGAAUUGACAACGAAUUAGUUUUAAAGUGCUCGAGGUUUAGCGAUUGAAUUGAAUCAAUCCAAUUCUUUUUCACGAGUUGCACCAACUGAUUUAUUGUACGGUCUGGAAAAAGAUGCCUAUUUAUUAUGUCCUUACCAUGGAGGGUAAAGGUAGUAGAGGGUAGAGAGUGAGGAGUAGUAUCUCAGUGUAUUAAAAGGUGUCUGUUGAAAGGGAGCCAAUUAAAAUGGCGCCAUCGUAUCGAGUGAAAGAUAAAAAAACACAGUGCCAUCAACUAUCACACUUCACUAUGUGUCUCCGACAUGCAUAUAUAGAUAAUAAACACCCAGACAAAGAGCAAACAAAAUUGUUCAUCACACGAAUGUUUGUCCGAUGUGGGAAUCGAACCCAGGACCCUCGGCGCAAGUCAGGAGCGUUACUACUGCACCGCCGAGUCAGUUGUACCAGUAUUGGUUUUGGCUUCUCUUUGAAUGGUUCGAGUGACGACAGUAUUAACGAUUUCGGAGUGUUUUAACUAAAACAAUUUGCGGAUAUCGGCUUAGUCAAUUUUUAGGCGAAUUUAUAAAAGUUACCUUACUAAACUGUAUACUGACAAUAAUGUAAUUAUUUCAACGCAGUGAUAAAACUAAUGUAAAUACAACGAUUUAUAAAUUAUUAAUAAAUUUCUAUUAUUUUUUUGUUAAAA